UUCUCCCCCGAGCUGUCACGAUGACGCAUUUACAGACGACCCUUCUAACUUGUCGCACUCAUAAUAUCUCGUCCAUUAUGAGUAAAAUAAAUGUUUAUCGUUCAAGGGUAGUGGUUGGUUUUUGUGUCGGCAUGAUCUGAAAGGCUUCUCCAAUCCUCUUUCAGAGGUACAUCGAUUAUUUGGUGGAUUAGCGGCCGUUUAAUACACCCCUACCUAACACGAUGUCGUUUUUGGUGGAUUCCGUGAUCAUGUUCACGUCUCAGGUGCUGUUCUUCGGGUUUGGUUGGCUAUUCUUCAUGCGACAGCUUUUCAAAGAUUACGAGGUGCGUCGGUAUGUGGUGCAGGUGGUCUUCUCUGUCACCUUUGCUUUUUCAUGCACCAUGUUUGAGCUCAUCAUUUUUGAGAUUUUGGGUGCCUUAAGUAGUAGUUCCAGAUACUUUCACUGGAAGCUGAAUCUCUACGUGAUUCUGCUGGUCCUCAUCUUUGUGGUGCCUUUCUACAUUGGCUACUUUGUGGUUAGCAACAUCCGCCUGUUGCACAGACACAGAUUGCUGUUUGCGUGCAUGGUGUGGUUCACCUUCAUGUAUUUCUUCUGGAAGCUGGGCGACCCUUUUCCCAUCCUCAGUCCAAAACACGGCAUUCUAUCCAUUGAACAGCUCAUCAGUCGUGUUGGUGUGAUAGGAGUCACCCUCAUGGCUCUCUUGUCUGGCUUUGGUGCAGUCAACUGUCCAUACACGUAUAUGUCCUAUUUCCUCAGAAAUGUGACAGACAGUGACAUCCUCGCUUUGGAGAGGCGUCUGCUUCAAACUAUGGACAUGAUCGUUAGUAAGAAAAAACGCAUCGCCAUGACGCGAAGGCAAAUGUACCAGCGCGGAGAAGACCAGAACAAGCAGACGGGAUUGUGGGGCAUGAUCAAGAGCGUCACCUCACCGCAAACGGGAAGCGAAAACCUGUCACUCAUCCAGCAGGAGGUGGACGCUCUGGAGGAGCUUAGUCGACAGCUUUUUCUCGAGACUGUAGACCUGCAAGCCACCAAAGAGCGCAUUGAGUACUCCAAGACAUUUCAGGGCAAAUACUUCAACUUCCUUGGCUACUUCUUUUCCAUCUAUUGCGUGUGGAAAAUCUUUAUGGCCACCAUCAACAUUGUGUUUGAUCGGGUGGGAAAGACGGAUCCGGUGACCAGGGGCAUUGAAAUAACAGUCAAUUACUUGGGUAUCCAGUUUGACGUGAAGUUUUGGUCCCAGCACAUCUCCUUCAUCCUGGUUGGCAUCAUCAUCGUUACCUCCAUACGAGGCUUACUCAUCACCCUCACAAAGGUACAAAAUCUACAGGGAAGCACGUUGGAAAUCAUGGAGUGGCUUGGAAAAAAGAGUGUGCAUUGGCCCUGGCAGACUUUGGCAAAACAAGUAAAACGGUCACUGUUUCUCGUCAUUGUAGUUCUUCUACGCUAUAUCAAGCAGCAAAUCUUCCAACGUCAUUGUGCUGGUCCUUGCUCAGAUCAUGGGCAUGUACUUUGUGUCAUCUGUGUUGCUGAUGCGCAUGAGCAUGCCACUGGAGUACCGCUCCAUCGUCACGGAGGUUCUGGGAGAGCUGCAGUUUAACUUCUACCACCGCUGGUUCGACGUCAUAUUCCUGGUCAGCGCCCUGUCCAGCAUCCUCUUCCUCUACCUGGCCCACAAGCAAGCACCCGAGAAGCACAUGACACUGUGACCCACCCCACCCCACCAUGUUUUGGAUCAUUGGAAUGGUUCCAAAUCCCCUGUUCCUGAAUCAGGAAUUUGAAAAGCGGACCCUUAAUUACAAAGUACGGAAUAAAAGGAUUCUUUUUUGUUCUUUGCUAAAAUGUAUUUGUUUUGUAUAAUACUUUUUUUUUUCUUUCAGUCUUAACACUGGAGCUGCUUCUGCAUUUUUUAUGUCACCAUUUAAUUCUAAAGCAUUCAAUAAAAGCAGCAUCGUUUGGG